CCUUGACCUUCUGGUGCCGCUGUGGGUUUAUUCAUCUGACCAGUGACAUCAGCAGGGGGGAAAGGCUCGGCCCCGCUCCCCCCAAGGAUAAAGUCGUGGAGGUCCUCCUGCCCGCGGUCUCCUGCGUGCUGCCGACCCGCUAGAGCGCGAGUCCCCGCAGCCCCAGGAAGCACGCAGCACCGCCCGGGGGGGUGGAAGGCAGAGCGAUAUCAAGCGCUGCUCCUUUCCGUCAUGUUGGGCAAAAAGAAAGCGGCGCCGGCGGCGAAGAACGGAGCCGGGACGUCCGAGACGAAGGCCAUCGACCCCCUGAGGAAUCUGGGAGUGCAGGAGGAUGAAGAUGUGAAGCGGAUGUUGCAAGGGUCCAGCAUGAUAAAGGUCCGCUCACCUCGCUGGCAGAAGCGACGGACUCUGAAGCUGAUGGGAGACGGCGUCACUGUCUGGUGCCAGUCCCACAAAACAUCCAACUGGGCCAAGGAGCAGCAAUCCUUCUCCGUCAUGGAGGUGGAGUGCGUCCGCGAGGGUUGCCAGUCGGAGACGUUGCGGCAGCUGGUCGGUUCCGUCCCCGAGCAGCGGUGUUUGACGGUGGUCUUUAAGGGGCCCCGCAAGAGCCUGAAUCUCCUGUGCCAGAGCCAGGAGGAGGCCCACCAUUGGGCCCGCGGCAUACGCACACUGCAGGAGAGGGUGGACAACAUGACCCAGAAAGAGAAGCUCGACCACUGGAUUCAUUCUUUUCUGAGUCGGGCCGACCAGAACCAAGAUGAUAAGAUGAGCUACGAUGAGGUUCAGACGCUACUGCAGAUGAUCAAUAUUGAUCUUAGUGACCAGUACGCCCGUAGCCUCUUCCAGAAAUGUGACCAGUCAGCUGACGGCCGUCUGGACCACGGAGAGAUCGAGGUGUUCUGCAGAGAGUUGCUACGGAGACCGGAGCUGGACACUGUGUUCACGCGCUACUCUGCCAACGGCUGCGUCCUCUCCACUGUGGACCUGAGGGACUUCUUGAAGGACCAGGGGGAGGACGCGUCACUCAUCCACGCCCAGAGCCUCAUUCUCACCUAUGAGCUCAACGAUUGGGCCCAGAAGAACCAGUUGAUGACCCGCAACGGUUUCACCAUGUACAUGCUGUCCAAGGAGAACACUGCGUUUAACCCGGAACAUGCCAGAGUUUACCAAGACAUGAAACGCCCUCUGGCUCACUACUUCAUCUCCUCCUCACACAACACCUACCUCACCAAGGACCAGCUGACCGGGGACAGCAGCACGGAACCAUACAUCCGAGCUUUGAAUCACGGCUGCCGCUGUGUGGAGCUGGACUGUUGGGAUGGAGAUAAAGGAGAGCCGGUCCUCUAUCACGGACACACAUUCACCUCCAAAGUGCCCUUUGUCAAGGUCAUCGAGACCAUCAACGACUAUGCUUUUAAAGCAUCGCCCUACCCUCUGAUCCUGUCCCUGGAGAACCACUGCUCCGUGGAGCAGCAGGCGGUGAUGGCCCGACACCUGCGAUCCAUCCUGGGAGACAAGCUGCUCACCGAGCCCCUCGGCGGAUUAGAUCCUCACAACCUGCCUUCUCCCGAGGAUCUUAAGGGUAAAAUCCUGGUGAAGGGGAAGAAGGAAGGCACGGCGGAGAAGCCUUCGUCCAGCUCUUCAGACCUCAGCUCCUCGGACGAGGAGGCCGGCGGCGCCGAAGGCCAAACGGGUAGACGGCCCGAGGACGAGACGCCGGCUGUGUCUAAGCUGAGUCCGGAGCUGUCGGCGCUGGUGGUGUACACCCGCAGCGUUCCCUUCAAAGGCUUUGAGCAGGCAGCAAAGAGCCCAGCGACUAACAUGUCCUCUUUCUCUGAAAGUGAAGCGCUCAGGCACGCAAAGGACUCAGACUUACAGCCAGAGGAGUCGCUCCCUGCUGGGACGUAUUUUGUCCGUCACAACAGCCACCAGCUGAGCAGGGUUUACCCUUCGGGCCAGCGCCUCCAGUCCUCCAACUACAACCCUCAGGAGAUGUGGAAUGCAGGCUGUCAGAUCGUUGCUUUGAACUUUCAGACGCACGGCGAGCAGAUGGACCUGAACAACGGCCGGUUCCUGCAGAACGGCCAGUGUGGCUACGCGUUGAAGCCGCCCUUCAUGUGCGAGCCCCACACCACCUUCAACCCAGAGAAUGUGGGUGGAGGUGUUGGCCACGCGCCUGUUCUGCUCAGUGUCCAGGUCAUUUCGGCUCAGCAGUUGCCCAAACCAGAGUGGGACAAACCCACCUCGAUUGUGGACCCUCAGGUGUGGGUGGAGAUACACGGCGUUCCCAUAGACAACAACAAGAAGAGAACGCCGCAUGUCGACAACAAUGGCUUUAACCCAAGAUGGGACUGCACCUUCAACUUCACCGUCCAUGUCCCUGACCUGGCUCUGGUUCGCUUCAUGGUGGAGGACCAUGACUAUACCUCGAGCAAUGACUUCCUCGGACAAUGCACCCUUCCCCUCACCAGUCUCCGCACAGGUUACCGUCAUGUCCGACUGCUCAAGCUGGACGGCUCAAGACUCUCGCCGUCCUCGCUCUUCAUCCAUCUGAAGGUCACCCAAUGUCAGAGUAGUCCCUCAAAGUCAUCAAGUAGGUCACCGGCCAAGUCUUCUGCCAAGAAGCCCUGAGAGCAUCUCUACAGUAGCAAAAUGAAGCCUGCAGGAACCCGAAUGAAGGUCUAGCUUUUCAGACCACCGAUCUAGAACGCAUUGAACCAGCAGAACUCCAUUGAUCCAAGUACCACAGUUUGGUACUAAUUUGUCCCGACAUUUCACGGUGUCGACUUAUGUAGCAAGUUUUAAUGUUAUCUAAAAGUGAAUUUUAAAGUAAAGGUUGUACACUGAAUAUGAGCUAAUGAAAUGCUCUGGCUGUAUAACAGUGGAGUCACUCUGAGAAGGUUCUGCUCACAGCCAAGCUGAGCACGAUUAAUGACUGCAGGAUUAAUAUUUAGGACAACCAGUAACACAUAGCAUAGCAUUUUCAUUUUAUUUUUUACUUCUGCUCAACAGCCAAUGUUUACCGCUAAGCUCUUUGUGGAGCCUACGAUGACAUCAUACUAAUAAGCAGCUGUUUAGCGGGCGGGAUACUCCGGUAGCGCCAACAACGCAGAUCUACGAGACUGUAGAUCUGCAUCCUUCUCAUGGACCCUUCACGGCUAAACUACACCAGCUAUGCAGUUUAAAGCCAAACGUUGACUUACUUCUCACAUAUCUCACACUCAAGUUCCAAAGGUUAUUUCAACCCAAACGUUACCGUUUUUUAACAUAACAAACUGUACGGAAGUUAGUUGAUUUAGCCUCAAACCUUUUGUUAAAUGUUUGAUUCACAGUAUUUUAGCUCGUCACAAUCAGUAAGUUCAUCAUUUCUAUCAGUGAACGACCGAACUAUAUUAUUAAGUAGCCAUGCAGACCUUUUAUACUAUAGAUAGAAUAGAUCUGUGAUGCAAUAGAUGUUGAUGCAAUAGAUAGAUUUGGUAGCUUGUUAGACGAGACGUACUUGCACGUGCUCCAUAGUAGCUUUAUUUAACUUUGUGUUUAGAUGUAGAGUGCCAUCCUGGCCACUGUGACAUAAAUCCCUGUGUAUGAACAGAUUAACAGCAGCUACAGCAGGUGACUGUCUAAAGAAAAGCUUUUAUAAAGUGCUCAUCUAUCAAGAAGUAGGAACGUUUAUAUAUUAGGAUCAUUUUAUUAAUAAUCUUAUGUUAAAAAAAGGCUGAUUUUGAUUUUUUUUUUUGUCGAAGCUGGUUCAAGACUAUUGAUAUUUUGUUGUUUCAUUUCAUGGAACAGAAAGAAUUAUGAAUAUUUAUAUGAGAAAGAUCUCAUGAAGAAUCUUAUGAAUAGGAGGAGCUUUUGGUAACGCUCCUUGUUACUCCCAUGCAUUAUAAACACAUUUGUAAUGUGCUUAUAGCACUUUAUCAUCAGUUAUAAGCACCCGGAGUUGAACAAUGUAUUCAUUUUUGCUUUACUUUGAAGUAAACAGUGACCACUUUUACUAAAUCGUAACUAAAUUAUAACGCAUUUUAAAUAAUGAAAUAUGGUCAAUAUAAAGGGUUGCAAUGGUAGUAUUGUUAUGAACCUCUAUGAUUAUUGAUGAAUGCCUUUAACUACAAUUGUAUUAACUACAAUUGCUCUAUAAGCAGAUUAUAAGUAUGUUUAUGAUGCAGCAUAGAUAUGGCUCCGUGAAGGGAGAUCAGCAAUCAGAUCUAUUCUUCUAUAUUUUAAAAUGAUCAGAGCAAGAUGACGUUUUGCAUUAUGAGGAGAAUAUUAAAAGAGACAAUUUUUCAUUCAUCAGUUUACAGCUCUUAUAAAAUUGGGCCAACAGUCUCAGACAAACUCCAGCCCUGUGACAAAUGUUUUAGAAGCUGUGUGUGUACAUGGUUAAAGACUAAAGGUCUGGUUUUUAACUGUACCAUGAUUACCGAAAACUGUAACUGUACAAAUCCAAAGAAUUGAUAUCAUUGUUUUUUAUUUAUUACAUUUGAAGUAUUAUACUAUUUUCCUUUGUUAUAAACCAGCUGUAUAAUUGUUAAUGUGAUUAUUUAUUCUCACAGGUGAUAAACACAAUGAAACAAACUACA